AUGCUGGCGGAAGCGGGGCGCAAGGCGGACUGCGCGUGCUCCUACGGGAUGGAGCUCACCUGGGACGUCAACGAUCCGCAGAUGCCUCAGGAGCUGGCCCACUUUGACCACUUCUGCGAGUGGCCGGAUGGCUAUGUGCGCUUCAUCUACCGCAGUGACGAGAAGAAGGCCCAGCGCCAUCUGAGCGGCUGGGCCAUGCGCAACACCAACAACCACAAUGGCCACAUCCUCAAGAAGUCGUGCCUGGGCGUGGUGGUGUGUGCCCGGGCCUGCACCCUGCCCGAUGGCUCCCGCCUGCAGCUGCGACCUGCCAUCUGCGACAAGGCGCGCCUGAAGCAGCAGAAGAAAGCAUGCCCCAACUGUCAUUCCACUUUGGAGUUGAUUCCCUGUCGCGGGCACAGUGGGUAUCCUGUGACCAACUUCUGGAGGCUUGAUGGCAAUGCAAUAUUUUUUCAAGCCAAAGGAGUUCACGACCACCCAAGACCAGAGAGCAAAUCAGAGACGGAAGCUAGAAGAAGCGCCAUCAAGAGACAAAUGGCCUCUUUUUACCAACCCCAGAAAAAGAGAAUUCGAGAACCAGAGGCCGGAGAGAAUCAAGACAACAGUGGACAUUUCAGCAACAUACCUCCCUUGGAAAAUCCAGAAGAGUUUGAUAUAAUUACUGACACUGGCUUCCCUAUUUCAGGGCAGCCUUGCUUUUCCUUCCCAAACUCCGAUGCUUACAAAGCUACCUGUGACCUAGCCACCUUUCAGGGAGACGUAAUGCCACCCUUUCAGAAAUAUCCAAACCCAAGAAUUUUUUUGCCUAGGCCACCUUGCAGCUAUGAAUUGGCAGCUCCUCAUUACACAAAUUCAAGCCCACAUCCCACCCUUUAUAGGAAUUCUAGCAAUGUCCCUAAUGAUACAGACUGGGUUCAUCUGAAUGCACUACAAUACGUCAAUUCAUACGGCAGCUUUGAGAGAAGCUUUGAUUUCACCAGUAAACAACAUGGCUGGAAACCAGCUCUUGGAAAACCUGGAACUGGGGAGAGGACUGACCAUGGACAGUUCCAGGCCGUGGCCACUCACCCUUAUUAUAACACAGAGCUCCCCUGCAGGUACCUCGCAGCUGCCCCAGCAGGUGCUCCAGCACUGCAGACAGUGAUCACCACCACCACCAAGGUGUCCUACCAGGCGUACCAGCCCCCGGCUCUGAAAUACUGUGACAAUGUACAGGAAGCGAAGAGCCUUUCAGGGUGUAAUUAUGCUUCUGAAAACAUCCCCAUGUCCAUCUACCCAGAAGUCUUGGACUUCCCAACCACAGUAGCCAGGGCAGCCUCGCCAGCAGGGUCAUUGCCUUUGAAAAUUCCAGGUGAUUGCAGAGCCAUCAGACCCACUUUGGCCUUUCCUCAAGAGUCCGCUCCCCCUAGGACAGACGGAGCAGAGAUUUGGGAUGUGUGUCCAUCUAGGUUGGGGUCUGCAAUCAAUUAUUCAGAUGGGGUCAGUCCAUUCUUUAGCUACGACAGUGAGGACUAUUGA